UACUUACUUCCUUGUCAACAUCCUCACGGAAAUAAAGUCUUUUGAUACUCGUUAUGAAAUCCAGGGUUCACCGGAUAUUACUCCUGAAAUCGCAUUUUAUACAACAAACAAGUACAAUAAAUCAACCAACGAUCAUAUUAUGUUUUCAAGAGAUAUAUGAAAUAACUUUAUGAGUUUUUAUUAAUAAAAUUCAACUUAUGUUUGGGAAAAAUAAGGUUGGAAAGUUUGAUUGGAUUUUUCUAACCAGUCUCAGCUUUUGUAAGGGUGAAGGGGAAACAAAUACAUGUAUUGCCACUAAAAUGGAUGAGUUUGCGUUCUGAGGACAAUGUACAUACAUUAAUCGGAUGCUCAGUACAAGGAUGUCUUCUACGACUCCAACUCCACCCAAUGAAGUGGGAAUGUCAGAAAAUAAGUUUACUGAUAGUAAACGUGCAUCAGACUUGCUCCUUGGGAUGUCUUCUCUGUAUGCCAAUAAACAAAUGAGUGAUGUCACACUGGUGGUUGACAACCAAGACUAUCCCUGUCAUCGAAACAUCUUGGCUAUAUCCAGUCCAUUCUUUAUGGCAAUGUUCACGAAUGACCUCGCUGAAAAGCAACAAGAUAAAAUCAAACUGAAAGACCUUGAUAGUAAAACGAUGGAAUUAAUCCUGGAUUACAUCUACACGGGUACUGUAAAUUUAUGCGAGGAAACAGUGCCUAAUUUAUUAUCAGCAGCGAAUCUCUUCCAGUUGUUAUCAUUACGUGAUGGCUGUGCAACAUUCAUGACAAAACAUGUCACAAUCUCAAACUGUAUCGGUGUAUAUUUCUUUGCCAAGGCUCAUCAGUGCAUACCACUUGCAAACAGUGCGAAAGAAAUCUUAAUGAGUCGAUUCACGAUUCUGUGCCGGGAACAGGAAUUCCUAAGCCUCCCUUAUGACAAGCUGAUUGAGAUUAUCAAAUGUAGUGACUUAAGUGUCGUAAAAGAAGAAAAAAUUUAUGAGGCGUGCAUAACAUGGCUGAACUGUAACACUGAGGAGCGACUACCAUAUUUACCCCAAAUAAUGCAAUAUAUAAGAUUUGCUAACAUAUCUUCAUAUUAUUUUUGCGACAAAAUCGACAAGAAUCCAUCAUUCGUGCAAAGUGAAGAACUGAAGGAGAUCUUACAGAAAGUGAGGUACUGCCACAUGCUGAAGAAUAGGCACCAUGAAAUGGAUUUAGAUUUUCGUACACGAGCUGGAAUGCCCGAAGAGCGUGUCAUCGUGGUGAUGGCCAAUCCAUACGCAGAAGAUAACGUAAGGAAAUACAACAGUAUGGAUGCACUAAUUCCUGAGACUGGUGAAGUUAAACAUAUCUGUAAACUUCCUAACAGCUUGUUUAUGCCAGCCGCUGCAGUAACUGGGGACAACAAAAUAUUCUUAAGUGGGGGUACAGUUCGCAAAUUCAACUACAGGGGCUCAAUAUCCAACGAAGGAGUCGUCCAAAGCCUUUACAUGUUUGAUGAUGUUUCCUGUGUAUGGCUGGUUAAAAAGCCGAUGAUCUAUGCGAGAUUCCACCAUAAACUCACCGUUGUAGAUGGGUAUAUUUUCGCAAUUGGUGGACAAAAUAAUCAGAACGAAUACCUGAAUAGUGUCGAGAAGUAUGACUUGCAGAGCAACAUCUGGACACAAGUGGAGCCAAUGCCUAAAAUUGCACGCUGCGUUGCUGCAACUAGCUACAGAGGUGACCUCUAUGUUUUUGGAGGUGAAUCAAAAACAGAGGUGUACGACUCCGUCUAUAGGUACAACCUACUUGAUGAUCAGUGGACUGAUCUGCCACCUAUGAGCAUUGGUCGAUCGCUGGCGGGAUGUGGCAUAUACAAAGACAAAAUAUACAUCAUAGGUGGUAAUUCUGCAUUGAGCAACAGAUGGAAGAGAGACUUCAUACCUGAAGAAUGUGUCAACACAGUGGAGGUAUUUGACCCAGAGACAAAUUCCUGGGGGACAGGACCAGAUCUACCAAAUGCUGUCUGUGGGGCAGCUGUUGUAAAACAUGGAUGUGAAAUCCUUGUUGUCGGGGGUGAGGAUGCUAAUAGCUGGAUGGCGGGAAGUUGCAGACUACGCGAUGUAGAUGGUGUAGAGAAGUGGAUAGAAGAGAUAGAGCUACAGAGCGUCAUGAGCGCAUUUGCGUGUGUGACUGCGAAUAUUCCUAAAGAAUUCAUGAAGGAUAUAGAUUCAGUUAUGAUGUAAGAUGUUUGAAUACACCCGUGGUCUUGAAGCCUUAUAAGUAGCCUCAUAUAUAAAACUAUACACAUUAAAUAUUAGCUUAAGCUAAUUCUGUGCAGCAGA